CAAAAGCCAAUUAAUUUAUAUUGUCUUGUUAAGGAUGGCUAUGUUCUCUGCAACUCCUUUUAUCUUUCUUAAGGCCAACUUUGGGUUGGCAAUCAUUUUAAUCAUAGCCAUCUUCUUUACAAGCAAUAUCCAUGCUAUUUCAUCUAAAACUGUUAUAGAUUCUCCUUUAUUAACACAAAAAAUUGGCACAAAUCGCACCAUUAAAGUCGAUCUCAAUGGCGAUGGGGAUUUCACCUCUAUCCAAGAAGCUAUUAAUGCUGUUCCUGAGAAUAAUUCUCAAUGGAUCAUCAUCCAUGUAAGGAAAGGUGUCUACAGAGAAAAGGUGCACAUUCCUAAAAAUAAGCCUUAUAUAUUCAUGAGAGGAAAUGGGAAAGGAAAAACAGCCCUUGUCUGGUCCAUGAGCUCUAUUGAUAAUAAGGAAUCUGCCACAUUUACAGUAGAAUCUCCCCAUUUCAUUGCUUUUGGUAUCAGUUUCAAGAACGAGGCUCCCACUGGAAUAGCUUUUACCUCGCAGAACCAGUCGGUAGCGGCAUUUGUAGGUGCAGACAAGAUUGCAUUCUACAACUGUGCAUUCUAUAGCACUCACAACACUUUAUUUGAUUAUAAAGGCAGGCAUUAUUAUUACAAAUGCUACAUACAAGGCUCAAUCGACUUUAUUUUUGGACGUGCGAGAUCCAUUUUCCAAAGCUGCGAGAUCUUUGUGCUUGUAGACAUGAGGGUGAAGAUUCUUGGAUCCAUCACAGCCCAGAAUAGGGAAUCAGACGAUAAUAGUGGAUUUGUUUUUGUUAAAGGAAAAGUUUAUGGUAUUGGUAACGUUUACUUGGGAAGAGCUAGAGGUGCCUAUUCAAGGACUGUUUUUGCAAAGACAUAUCUUUCUAAUUCCAUUACAGCAAAAGGCUGGACUAAUUGGAGUUGCGUUGGCAGCACAGAGCAUAUUUUCCAAGCAGAGUACAAAUGCUAUGGACCAGGAGCUUAUACGAUUGCUCGCGCUCCAUGGUCGAAACAACUCACAGAAGAAGAAGCUGAACGCUUUAUGUCCAUUGAUUUCAUAGAUGGCCAACAAUGGCUACCCAUUUGGAUGUGAAGUUGUUAAAAUUUGCAAAUAUUUUGGAUGCGGUUGUACCUUGC